ACCUCAGCUACAAGCGCACACACACAUACAUAUAUACACACAGCCAGAAACGAACGAGCACACACGCGCACGCGAAUUCAAGGUUUUGAGAUAGCUUAGCUAGCGUCCAUGGCGUCGACGACGACGAUCCAGUCGGUGAAGGCGCGGCAGAUCUUCGACAGCCGCGGCAACCCCACCGUCGAGGUGGAUAUCGGGCUCAGCGACGGGAGCUUCGCCAGGGGCGCCGUGCCCAGCGGCGCCUCCACCGGAAUCUACGAGGCCCUGGAGCUGAGGGAUGGAGGCUCCGAUUACCUCGGCAAAGGAGUUCUCAAGGCUGUGAACAACGUAAACGCCAUCAUCGGACCGGCGCUCAUCGGAAAGGAUCCGACGGAGCAGGCCGACAUCGACAACUUCAUGGUCCAAGAACUCGACGGGACCUCCAACGAGUGGGGCUGGUGCAAGCAGAAGCUCGGGGCAAACGCGAUCCUCGCGGUGUCGCUUGCAGUGUGCAAGGCCGGUGCCAUGGUCAACAAGAUCCCUCUUUACCAGCACAUCGCAAACCUUGCUGGGAACAAGACCCUCGUGCUGCCCGUGCCUGCUUUCAAUGUGAUCAACGGAGGUUCUCACGCCGGGAACAAGCUUGCCAUGCAGGAGUUCAUGAUCCUCCCAACCGGCGCCGCCUCGUUCAAGGAGGCCAUGAAGAUGGGAGUUGAGGUGUACCACCACCUCAAGAGCAUAAUCAAGAAGAAGUAUGGUCAAGACGCCACAAACGUUGGGGAUGAAGGCGGCUUUGCACCUAACAUUCAGGAAAACAAGGAGGGCCUUGAACUGCUGAAGGCAGCUAUAGCCAAGGCUGGCUACACUGGAAAGGUGGUUAUUGGAAUGGAUGUUGCUGCUUCUAAAUUCUACAGUGAGAAGGAUCAGACCUAUGACCUUAACUUCAAGGAGGACAACAAUGACGGUUCGCACAAAAUCUCGGGCGACAGCCUGAAAGAUCUGUACAAGUCCUUCGUCUCCGAGUACCCUAUCGUGUCAAUCGAGGACCCGUUCGACCAGGACGACUGGGCCACCUAUGCCAAGAUGACCGGUGAGGUUGGGCAGCAGGUGCAGAUUGUCGGAGAUGACCUUCUUGUCACUAACCCCACGAGGGUUGCCAAGGCGAUCGGUGAGAAGACCUGCAAUGCCCUUCUUCUCAAGGUGAAUCAGAUAGGCUCGGUGACGGAGAGCAUCGAAGCCGUCAGUAUGUCCAAGCGCGCCGGGUGGGGAGUGAUGGCGAGCCACAGGAGCGGCGAGACGGAGGACACCUUCAUUGCCGACCUCUCGGUCGGCCUGGCCACGGGCCAGAUCAAGACUGGAGCUCCCUGCAGGUCCGAGCGUCUGGCCAAAUACAACCAGCUGCUGAGGAUCGAAGAGGAGCUCGGCGAUGCCGCGGUGUACGCCGGAGCAAACUUCAGGGCGCCGGUGGAGCCCUACUGAGAAGAAGCCUGCUUGUUGCAUGAGCAUGGGUCUGGAGAGAGAUGGUCCAUGAGUUCUUAUGGUGCUGCUAGUUAUACUAUUAUUACUGCUGUAUUUUGAUCCAAGCCAGGCAAAAUAAGAGUAGUUCUUCCCUACCCGAGAGGCGAGAGCUAAUGGUUGUGAUUACUCAGAUUAGUGGCGUGUUUUCGUUCAUCUGAAAUAAAACAGUUUCCGGUCUUCUGACUGAGUUCAGGUAA